ACACCGGCCAGGCAGGGAGACAACAUGGCGGCGGGUGGCGGCCUCCCUGGGCUCCUGCCUGCCCAGACCCAGCUGGAGUAUGCCUUGCUGGACGCCCUGACCCCUCAAGAGAAGGACAACCUGGUCUACCAGUACCUGAGGAAGGUGGACAGCUGGGAGCAGGACCUCAGGGUCCCCGACUUUGGAGGAGAUUUAGAGUGGCUGAACACUGACGGUCCCAUUUCUCUGUACAAAGACCUUUGCGGAAAAGUGGUGGUUUUGGAUUUCUUCACUUACUGCUGCAUCAACUGCAUACACCUGCUGCCUGACCUCCAUGCCUUAGAGCACAAGUACUGUGAUAAAGAUGGUCUUCUUGUUGUUGGUGUCCAUUCAGCGAAGUUCCCAAACGAAAAGGUUCUCAAUAACAUUAAAAGUGCUGUUCUUAGAUAUAACAUUACCCACCCUGUGGUAAAUGAUGCUGAUGCAACACUUUGGCAUGAGCUGGAAGUGUCUUGCUGGCCAACUCUGGUCAUUCUUGGGCCUCGUGGAAAUAUGCUGUUUUCUCUUGUUGGAGAGGGACACAAAGAUAAAUUAUUUUUAUUUACUUCUAUUGCUCUGAAGUUCUACAAAGAGAAAGGACAAAUCACAGAUAACAAAAUUGGAAUAAAAUUGUACAGAGACUCUCUGCCUUCUUCUCCCUUGCUGUUUCCUGGCAAAGUGACUGUAGACAAUUCAGGAAAUAGACUCGUGAUAGCAGAUACCGGACAUCACAGGAUUUUGGUUGUCAGGAAAAAUGGGCAAAUCCUACACACCAUUGGAGGACCAAACAGUGGGAGAAAAGAUGGAAGAUUUUCAGAGGCAGCAUUCAAUUCACCGCAAGGGGUGGCUAUAAAGAAUAACAUUAUUUUUGUAGCUGAUACAGAAAACCAUCUGAUUAGAAAGAUUGAUCUUGAAUUAGAGAUGGUGAACACUGUAGCAGGCAUUGGAAUACAAGGCACGGACAAGGAGGGUGGAGCAAAAGGAGAGGAGCAGCCCAUCAGCUCACCAUGGGAUGUGAUCUUUGGAAGUUCAGUUUCAGGGACCCAUGAAGAUGAUGUUCUAUGGAUAGCCAUGGCAGGUACUCACCAAGUCUGGGCUCUCAUGUUGGAAUGCGGAAAACUCCCAAAAGGAAGUGAUUUAAAGAAAGGAACCUGCCUUCGAUUUGCUGGGAGUGGGAAUGAAGAGAACCGAAACAAUGCAUACCCCCAUAAGGCAGCCUUUGCCCAGCCUUCAGGUCUUUCUCUGGCUUCUGAAGAACCCUGGAACUGUAUUUUUGUAGCAGACAGUGAGAGCAGCACUGUGCGAACAAUCUCACUGAAAGAUGGAGCAGUGAAACAUCUUGUAGGAGGAGAGAGAGAUCCAUUGAAUUUGUUUGCCUUUGGUGAUGUAGAUGAAGCAGGAAUAAAUGCAAAGCUGCAGCACCCCCUUGGAGUAACUUGGGACAAGAAAAGGAAACUGCUUUAUGUAGCAGAUUCCUAUAAUCAUAAGGUUAAGUUUGUAGAUCCCAAAAUGAAGAAUUGUGCUACACUGGCAGGUACAGGAGAAGCAAGUAAUGUUGUUGGUUCCAGCCUUACGCAGUCAACUUUCAAUGAACCAGGAGGAUUAUGUGUUGAAGAGAAUGGCCGUCUGCUCUAUAUUGCUGACACAAAUAAUCAUCAAAUUAAAGUGCUGGACUUAGAAACAAAAAUUGUUUCUAUGCUGCCUAUCCUGAACACUGAAAUGUUUGAUGUUGUAGAUCAUCCAUUUGUCCAAAACAAUAAGACGGCAAACAUCCCCAAACUGCCUAAAUCUGCACCAAACAUCCAGCUUCCUUCAUUGACUGUAACCCCCGGCCAGACCCUUCAGUUUUUAUUAAGGUUAAGCCUUCCUGCAAAUAUGAAGCUGACUGAAGAAGCACCCAGUUCCUGGUUUCUCACAGCAGAAGGUAAUGAGUGGCUGCUUCAGGGACAGAAUCCAUCUGGAGAAAUUGAGGAUAUUUCCCUUCAACCUCUCAUCGCCUUGCAGUUGCCCAGUCGCUUCCUGUCAUCUGAAGUUGUACUGUCUAUCAAAGCGUGCCUUUAUUACUGUAGCAAAGACAGCAGUGCCUGUACGAUGAAAGGAAUCUCAUUCAGUCAGCCUUUACAGGUAGCUAAUACAAACCAAGGUAACACAGCUCAAGUAGAGUUGACAUAUGCAUUUUAACUAAACCAAAAAUCCAACAGAUUCACACUAGUUUUUACUUUCUAACGUUUUUACAGGCGAAAAAAUAUUAGUAGAUCCUCCCCCUCACCCGCCCCGGUCUUCCAAUAGCAUAUGAAGAGUUCUAAAGCAUAAUAUGCUUUGUAAGAUGAAGCAGAGAUGCCUUGUGCUGAAUCACGAAAAAUUGUAAUGAAAUCUUGGUCCCUUCAUUUCUUUUUGUUGUUGUGUGAGCAAUAACAUCCUUAAACUUUGUCUGUUGACUAUUGUGAAUAGAUUGGGCCUAGGCAAUUUUAAGCAGUGAGCAACAAUUUUAAGAGUCCAUUUUUGAAGGACCAGUAUUACAUUGUGAUAUUACUGAUAUUCUUUUGCACUGCAUACUGUAGCAACGUUGGUAGCAACAUCAAAAUCAUUUGGGGAAGAACUGCAACUUUCCUUUUUUUUUAUGCCCUCUGUUUUUAAUAGAAUGUUAAAAACUUGAUUUUUGUUUCUGCAGGUCAUAAAAGAAUUAUUUUUCUUAUUUUACAGUGAAAUCAUUUAAAACACAUUUAAUGUAUUUUGAAAACACAGGGCUGUUUAUUUUUGUGAAAAUCAAGUCUGUUUCUUAAAACUAGAUAUUUAUGCCUUAUUUGAAGAGCACAAUUGUAUGGAAAAACUUUUGGGAAAUGAACUUUUUUAGGUCAUAUAGAAAUGUUACAUAACAAUGAAUGUGCCUAUAUAAAAUUGGCAUGCUGGAGUUUUUCUAAUUAGUGUUUCCAUUUGUAUUUUAGAGAGUUGAGUGUAAGUAAUAUUUGUGACUCUAACUUGCAGCAAUUAAAUGUCAACUAUUUCUGUCAAAUGAAUGGUUUCCCUUUCAUGUUUUUACAACUCCCGUGUGAAUAGUAUAAGAUUCCUAAUUCUGCAAAUACUUGUGGGUAACUUUAUACACUUAGGGCCUGAUCCAAAGGUCUUUGAAGUCAAUGGGAGUCUUUCCAUUGAUUUCAGUAGGCUUUGAAUCAGAACAUUGUGUUCAGUAGGGCAACUUAUAUGGUAAGUAACUCGUGCGUGUGCUUGGAGGAUCUCAGCCUUCAUUAGCAAUCAGUGCUAGUCUUCUCUUCCAACAAUGAUACUAUAAUACAAAAUUCUGUUUGCUUCAAGCAAGUUUUUUCAGACUAGUAAAUAUCCUUCAUUUCAUCACUAUCAAUUAUCAUGGUAAAUGGCAUAAGUAGAUUUCUUUACAUGGAUUGGAUGGACUCCUGUUGACUUCAGUGGUAUUUGCAUCAGGCCCAAUGCUCUAAUCACAAGGUUUAAUUCUGAUAAGAGGGGGAAAAAACCAAACAAAAUAGACUUUAGCUUUCUAAUGUGCAACAUGAAUUUGCACGUAGUUUUAAAAUAAUAGCUGUUAUAAAGUGUAUUUUAGUAUGUGUAAGUGAAUGAUAUUUUUAAUAGCCCGUUCUCCUAAAAUAGUCAGAAUAGUUCCUAACACCUGUGAGUAAAUGGCUGAGAUGAUUUGUUGAAGGUCUUUCCUGCUCUGAAACUUGACGAAAACGUUGCUUGUGAACUCUGAGACUUUUGUUUUAAGGGAACAAUACACAGUGGCGUGGCUUUUCCUUCCCUCUUAAAAUCAAAUGCAAGCAUAUCUGUGAUCUGGAAGCUCUCUAUUUAGGAGUGCUACUGUUUGAACAUUAAUCUUUUAAGCAGCCUUCUUCACCUAUGCUUUCAGCUUUUUUAGGACAAGCCAAUGAUCCUAAGUUUUAUUUUAGUGUUUGAAAUAGACAGAAAAAUUGGCUUCUGGAUCUACUUGCUGUUUGCAAAUGAUAUUUGCAGAGUUAAGGAAAAGAUAUUGAGAAUUUACCAGUCCUUAUAGUUAGUUUUAACAAAAGCUGUGCUCUUUUUAAAAUACAUAUUCUCUAUAUAUAAUUUACAUAAGAAUCUUGGAUAAUAGCCAAGAAACCUGAGUUCUACUUCCAUCUAGUUCAUAUUUUUUUUCACCUACCAAUAAAACCAAGUAUGAGCUUCAGUAGUUAGAAAUGACACAUCAGACUAUUUCUGUUGUCUUGAGUAAAUCAUUCAGCCAAAUUGGACUGUUCUCUGAAUUUUAAGAUAAUUAACUCCUUUUUGUCCAUUCGAGUUUGUCAGGAUAAUAAAAAUUUGGGUCAAUCGAUUUCCUAGAUUAAAAAAGCUUGUACAGAGUUAACCAAUCUGUUACCUUAAAGUAUCACUUUUUUGAGUUUCUUGCUUUAGAAAAAUUAUCCGUGUGUAGCUCUUAUUUUAUUUAAAUGUAAUGCAUCAGAGCUUUAAAUAAAGUAUUACAGGUAUUAUUCUCUGCUUAAAUGUGCAUGUAUAAACUGAUUAAAGGGCCAUACCAUGAUUUUUAAA